AUGUUCCAAGAUAUCACCGAGCCUCCGGCCCCCGCGCCAACGCCUCAUCUCCAGUCCGUGCAAGACGGCAUAUCUCUCCUCCACCCACUCCUGCGCAGCACCAGGACCGGUCCAGGCCUCGUGAUCAUAUCUCCCGACCUGGAGAAGGCCGAGGACCAGCUCGCCACCGUCCAGGGCGUCCCGUCCCCUAUUCUCAAGUGGGCCGAGGAGGGCUACACCGUCAUCGAGGUGCAGCGCAGCAUCCUUGUCGGGGACGCCGCCGGCGCGAUCCAGACGGCCCUCGCAGCGCUCUCAAGGUGCGAUGUGUGCCAGCCCAAGGGUAAAGUAGGACUUGCUGAACGGCAUGGGGAUGGGGGGAGGGGGGGGGGAAUAGGCUACACGCCCGACGCGUGGAAUCAGGUGGCCUCGUGUCUAUCCGAUAUCCCGGAUAUUGUCGCGGCAGUCACGUACACGACGGGCGGAGGGCAGACGGAGACGGAGACGUCCACCCCAACGCUUCGACACGUCGCCGGCGUCGCCGGUGCCAAUCCGUCGAGGAAGAAGGGUGGCGGCCUGACGGAAUACCACUACCCGCAGGUCGAGAGUCACCUGUUCGCCGUGCCGUUCCGGCAUCAGUUCCACUACGUCACCGAGACGCUGUCGCACACGCGCAACCUUACCUUUCUCAAGCCCAGGAUGGGAGGGCCAUACUUUGACCUCGAGUCUAUCUGGGAUGAGCAUACGUAUUACGAGUUUGCCGAUCGAUCCGUCGAGCAUACCAUGAGCACCAUGGUCGCGGAACCAUAUGUGAAUCACGUGCCUACGUUGACCGGUGGUGUUGGCCGUGAGCGACUAUCUAGAUUCUACCGCGACAACUUCAUCUUCAACAACUCGGCCGAUACGUCCCUCGACCUCGUCAGUCGCACCCUGGGUAUUGACAGGGUAAUUGACGAGUUCAUCUUUAACUUCACCCACGACAAGGAAUUAGACUGGCUUGUCCCCGGUCUCCCCCCCACCGGCAAAAGAGUCCAGGUCCCGUUCACGGCCGUCGUCAACAUCCGCGGAGACAGACUGUACCAUGAGCACAUCGCCUGGGACCAGGGCACCGUGCUCCGACAGCUGGGCCUGCUGCCGGAGUACCUACCCUACACCGGCCCGCUCCCCGGAGGACGGCAGCCCGCACCGGGCAAGCGCUUCGAGUACCGUGUUCCCGUCGGGGGCGUCGAGACGGCCGAUAAGAUGCGGGAUAGGAAUUCGGUGCCGUCGAACGCCAUGUUCACGUACGCACUGCGUGAGGUUUGA